AUGCGUCAGCAGCGGUCGGCCUGUGAUCACUGCAGAGGCCAGAAGGUCCGGUGCCUACGCAACAAGCAGUUAGACAGCGAAAUAUGCGUCCGAUGUUUGCGAAUUGGAGUUGAGUGCAUCACGAGUAAGUCACGACGUCUGGGACGUCCUCGUGGCCCAAAGGCGGCUGAGCGAAAACCAACGUCUACCACGAAAGGGACAUCGAAACUUCAAGUUAUCAGGGCCCAUGAGACCCCAAGCACAGAUUUGAUGGCGGAAGACUUGGAAAUACCUUCAGAGCUAUGGAUGCCUUCAAAUUCGAACUGCUCCUCAGGCGUACUUCUCGGCCCGUCAAACAGUAUAUGCGUCGACCACGGAAGUCUACCACCUGUCACGACGUUUGGAUCGACCACACACUGUGCUUCCGACCUACUGAUGCCGUUUGAUGACAGCUUCUUCAACGCAGAGUCGUUCUUGGAACUCCCUGGGCAGGCUCGCGACAGCCCGAGUUAUGUGACAUAUGCGCAAAGCCUGGGAGACAUGUACCAUCUCGAUGCCUCGGAGCCUGCAGACUCACUAAGUGCCCUCGCACGAUUGAAUGAACACAUCUCCAGACAAAUACCCCAUGUCGACGCGUAUCUAUCGCGGCCUGACAACGAACCACAGCAUUGCCGCAACGACAUUUCAGACAGCAAGGGAAAGCCUGCUGAUGAUAUACUGCAAAGCACCUCCAGGUUUAUUACCAUUCUUGAAGCCUUGAAGACAUCAUCUACCUUAGCACAAGCGCCCAUCUCGUCUGUCGUAAGGCAACCACCAACCUUGGAUCCUGACAACAACGAGUCAAGCUUCCAAGGAAGCGGGUUGCCACCCAGUCAAUCAGUCUCAUCAGAAAUUCGAGCCCCCAUGUUCCCAGUGCCUUGGAGUACACCACUUGUAUUGAUGAUGCUUUCAAGUUACAUCCUACUUCUGGAUCUCUACGACACCGUCUUUCGCCACGUUUAUGACAAGAUCUCUCGCGUAAAGAACUUUUCGAAAUUCUCGCAGGACAUGCCUGAGAUCAAAGUAGGUGGCUUGUCAUCGAUGAAAGUCCAUCUGUAUGCUAAGAUCGUCAUCCAAACCAUUGAGCAUCAUUUUGACCGCAUUGAACAACUUCUAGGACUUCCGGUGGAGUUUCGCCUGUCAGCGCAAGACCCAUGCUCCGACGGACUGUUAGGCAAUGCAAACCUUUUGCAUCUUCUCAGCAUCGCCAUGAUGCAGAUUACAGGCAAUCCCGGAAGAUCAGGUACAACGACACUAAAAUCGUUCCGAGACAACCUGAAAGGUGUCCAGGCCAUUCUGCCUGAUUGA